GUCAUGUGAUCAGCUGUGUCCAAUCACAGCUGAUUGCAUGGGACAUGUACACUGAUCAUCAGGGCACUGAUGAUCAGUGUGCCCUGAUGAUCAGUGUAGCCCCAGCAAUGCUACCUGUCAGUGUCCAUCAAUACCAGCUGUCAGUGCUCAUCAAUGCCACCUGCCAGUGCCCAUCAGUGCCACACAGUGCACAUCAAUGCCACAUAUCAGUGCCCAUCUGAGCUGCCUUUCAUUGCCACAUAUCAGUGCCAGUCAGUGCCACUUAUCAGUGCUGCCAAACAGUGCCGCCUAUCAGUGCCAGUCAGUGCUACCUAUCACUGUGCAUCAGUG